GUCGGGAAGCGGGCGAGCCCCGAGGGAGGGCGGGGUUGGCGGGGAACAGUUUUCCUCGGCACCCCAUUCGGACGGGACGCAGGCAACGCGGGCGCAGGGAUGGCGGGAGUCUCCGUGCUCCUCUUGCUGGGCCUGGCGCUCACGCCCGCGGCUGAGAUAGUGUCCGUGAACUACACCCCACGCCUGGCUUCUGAGAAUCUGGGAGGGAAGGUCACCGCCUCGACCUUCACCCUGGACCAGCCGCGCUGCGUUUUCAAUGACGUGGUCAAUGCCACGGACGGGAUCUGGCUGCUGGUUGCCCGCAGCGACGCCGCCAGGAACUUCACCCGGCCGGGCUCCCCAAGCGAGCUGCCCUUCCAGGACCUGGAGAAGAACGGCUUGUACCUGACGCUGAACACGGCCCCGGCCAGCUACCCGUGCCCGGAGCCGGGCGCAGCAGGGGGGCCGCUGACCGUCCUGCGGGUGGGCAACGAAGUCCAGUGCGCCUCCAACCGUGCGAGGCCAGACUGCAACGGGCCGCUGCCCAGACCGGGGCCCUACCGGGUCAAGUUCCUGGCCAUCAACCCCGACGGGGUGACGGCGGAGUCGGAGUGGUCGGAGGAGAUCGCCCUGGUCCAAGCGCAGAGCCCGGAAACCAUUGACGUGUCUCCGGGGCGGAGGAGCGCCUCGGCCAUCGCCAUCGCCUCCCUCCUCUCCAUCCUCUGCGCCGUCUUGCUGGCCGCCCUGAUCGCCGCCCUGGUCUACAAAUACACCGACGCCUGCGGCAAGCAAGGCGUGGUCACCCUCCGGGACCCGGCCACCAUCACGCGCUACACCACGCACCACAUCUACGACCAGCCGGGACAGAAGCUGUGAGGCACGUCUCGUCGCGGAGCGUCCGGGGAGCUUUGGCCGUCCCUGCGCUGUUUGGCAAAAAGGCUUCUGUUUGCAUUCAAUAAACACCCAAGUGGUUCAGAGCACAAGGUU